CCAUCUUGUAUUAUUAUUGUCAGUGGUGGAUUUGGAAGAAAAAGAAGAACGUCAAUUUACAGAGUUGACAAAGAGCAUUAUAUUAAUUUAGAACGUAAUUUGAUGUCAUUUUACUUAUAAACAUUUUCAGUUACCUUUUUUAUACCGGAUAUUAUAAAAAUUAAUAAAUACUGCUUGUAUUUAAUUGAAUGUCAAUGUUUAUUCAAAGUUUAGUGAUUGUGACAGCUGAUGAAAAGCCGAGUUGUUACGUAGGUGGACACAGCUGUAUUGGACUGUCUUAUUAUAUUUGUAUUGAUAAAAAUUCGACAGUGAAUUAUUUAGUUUAAUAGUAAGUUUGGAUUGUAUCGAACUUAUCAUUUGAUAGAGUCAGAUUUAUGAGAAAAUAAAUAUUAUUUAUGGAUUAAUUUUGUGAGAUCAGUUUAAGACUGUGUAAAGCAGUCAACUUUAUAUACAGUGAUCAUGGAACAAAUGAUUGCCUUGAGUACACAAAAUCCAUUAACUUUAUUAGUAAAGUUUGGAAUGAUGGCUUGGAAUGAUACUUGUGGCAAUGAAAAUUGUUCUGGACAUGGAGAAUGUCAUAAUGGUACUUGUUUGUGUGAGAUUCAAUUCGAUGGAUUAGAAUGUCAUGUUCCAAAUUUAAGUUACUAUAUCGCAUUUGCAACUAUAUUCUUUAUGUUGGCAUUUAUAUGCCUAAUCCAACUUAUCAUGUGUAUCAUUGCUGAAUGGCAAAAAAUGAAAGCACCAUCAUUUCUGAGAGCUUGUAGGAUUACUACGCAAAAAGUUUUAUAUUUUAUUGUGUUUCUUGCUUCAUUGAUAAGAGGAGCAUAUUUUACAUCUCCGACUGCAUUCAAGGAGGGAUGGUCUAGAAGUUUAUUAUCCGCAUAUUAUCCACUUGUUUUAAGCGGAUCUUCAUUAAUUGUUUGUUUCUGGGCUGAAGUAUUUCAUUUGAAAGAUAUGUCAUGGGAUAAACCACAGUUUCUUUCAAAAUCAUUUAUGGGCUUUGUGGUAUUCAAUGUACUAACAUAUUCUCUGCUGUUGGCAGAAUUUAUUACGGUUCAAAUAUAUUCACAAGAAUAUCAGGGAUUCUAUACCAAUGUCUUUAACGGAUGUUACGCAGUACUCCUAUUUAUUGUAGUAGUUUUCUUCUUAAUUUAUGGAGUAGAAGUAUUUUUCAAGGUUCGAGGUGGAUUCCUUUAUGAUUAUCAAGAUAGCACAGUAGUCUUGAACAAGCGUAUGGUCUCUGAUUUAAAAGUUAAUGCUGAAGAACAAGUAACCACAAAAUUAUUUGAUCCAAUCCCAAGUACUUCGCAGUCUUCGCAAGUGCAACAACAAAUAAAUAUUUCUCAGUUACAUCAAUCUCGCGUUGGAUUAUUGUCACAAGCUUUUAUGCUUUUCAUCGUUGUCGGAUUUUUGUGUGGCGAAACAUUCGGGGAAUUGUGGAAAGCUAAAGUUCCUCUGUACAGCAGAAACUGGCACGAUGUCGUUUUUCGCGUUAUCGAAGUAGGAGUAAUAUUAUGGUUUCCCUGUGUGUUAUGGAAUUGUUUCAGUCCAGAACAAUUAUGGAUUUUAAAUCCAAAACGUAUUUUGAAAAGAUUAGAUCACUCUAAGUAUUUGAAAGAAAUCGAAUUACAAGAUAAAAGUGGAGAACAAGAUACUUCUCCCUUCUCGGAUGAAACAUCAAUUAGUAGCAAAGAUUGUUGGAUUUGUUACGAUAGCGAUAGGCAAGAUGCCGGCCCAUUGAUACAACCUUGUCAAUGUAGAGGUGAUGUCAGUGCAGUACAUCACAAUUGUUUGCGACGAUGGUUAGUCGAGAGUUCUAUAAAUGCUGAUAGUCUUACUUGCAAAGUAUGUGGUACACAAUAUAAUGUGGAACAUACAAAUAGAUUAGACUGGCAAAACAGCAUUACUUCACGCCAUUGUUUGCAAACAAUUGUUAUUGUUACAACAAUGUGUGGAUCGUCAGCUGCUGCUUGGACACUUAUUCAAUUAGUAGAGGGUCCAAUUAUCCGAAUGUUCGCUGCUGGUACUGCAUUAUUAGUAAUGUAUGUUUGUAUAAGGUUUUUAAGUUUAAAUACAGUUGUGGCAUAUCAGCGUGCUAAAAUUUCGUCUUUAAAUAUCAUUGGCUCUGACAAUAGUGGAACUACACAUGUUUCUACUAUUAGUCACACGGUUUGUGUAGACUUGCCAAAAUCAGAAACAGCAGCAAUAUAA